UGAAGGCAGUGUGGUUGUGUGUGAUGUCCUUAGGUUACUUGGAUUUAAGUAGUUCUAAGUCCAGGGGACUGAUUACCUCAGAUGUUAAGUCCCAUAGUGCUUAGAGCCAUUUGAACCAUUUUAAUAAUUACACAUAAAAUCUGCAGUGGCUCAAAUUGAUCAUUAUUGAGUUUCGUCUGGUUAUUUUCGUUUUAAACCACGUUUACUUCAUCAUUUCUUUCCUUCUGGUGAAUAUUGUAAUUUUAAAUUAGUUACUGAAUAUGUAAUUUCUUAUACACUUUUAUGACUCGUGGCCUAUAGUACUUGAUUUAUGGACACUCAAAUAUUGUUUCUUUGUUGUUUGUAUAUCAUUAUUUAACAUUCUUGUCCUUACUCUUCAGAUUGACUCAGAGUACUGGUGGGAGCUGUGGCAUAUUAUGUGAGGAAACUUAUCACCAUGGGCUAGUCCAGGAUAAGUUGAAGAUGUCAACACACGAGUUGGGUCCCAAUACAGAAGAUGUGAUUAUCGAUAAGGAGUGGUCAGUUGCUACCCAAUAUGACUGUAGUACAAGGGAAAAGGAAUUUCAUGUAUAUAGCUGUAAUUUCUGCCGACAAAGCUUUCCUUCCAAAUACAGACUCAUAAUGCAUGUGUUUGUGCACAUUGAUGGUAUGCAACCACCUUUGUAUGUUUGUAAGUGGUGUGGUGAGGUAUUUCACAGUAAUGUUCGUUUGAAAAACCAUUUGAGAAUGAGUGAGAAUUCUGUCUUACCUGCUGGCAACCAUGAAAAAUAUGGCUCUAGUGAUCAUCAUCAAAGCAGUAUCUUCUUGGAUAGUGAGCCAGAAGUUUCUGUUACAGAACACAAUGAGCAGUCUUCAUGUAAGGAAACUUCGAAAGCUUCAAAGAAGUCCUCUAAUGACAGGCGAUACACACAUAUGAGAAAUGAGAUGGAGAAAUCAAAUGAUUAUGGAGCUGCUUCUACAGCUGUUAAUGUCACUGCCCAGGCUGAUCUACUUACUGCAAACAGAACCCACAAAUGUGAUAUUUGUCGCAAAUUGUUUGCUAGGUCAAGUGAUCUCAAGAGGCAUGCACUGAUACACACCGGGAAAAGACCUCACAAAUGUGAUAUUUGUGGCAAAUCGUUUGCCCAGUCAUGUCAUCUUAAGACUCACAUAUUGAUUCACACUGGAGAGAAACCUCACAAAUGUGAAAUCUGUGGGAAAUCUUUUACUAUGUUAGGUGAUCUCAAGAAACACACAUUAAUUCACACUGGGAAGAAACCUCACAAAUGCCAGAUUUGUGGGAAAUGUUUUACUAUGUUAGGCGAUCUAAAGAAACACACAUUCUUCCACACUGGAGAGAAACCUCACAAAUGUGAGGUUUGUGGGAAAUCUUUUGCUAUGUCAGGUGAUCUCAAGAAACACACAUUAAUUCACACUGGAAAGAAAGCGCACAAAUGUGACAUCUGUGGGAAAUCUUUUGCUAUGUCGGGCAGUCUCAAGGCACACAGUUUCAUUCACACUGGACAGAAACCUAACAAAUGUGUUAUUUGUGGGAAAUCUUUUGCUAUGUCAGGCACUCUCAAUAGGCAUGUAUUAAUUCACACUGGAAGAAACCCUCAUAAAUGUGUAAUCUGUGACAGAAGCUUCACUCAGUUGAGUACUCUCAAGACACAUGCAUUACUCCACUUCAGAAAGAAACUACAAGUAGGUGUUAGUUUAAGCAAAUAGGUAUCCCUGGUUGGUGCUCUCAAGGCCUGUAAAAUAAUGGAUGUAGCAGGGAGACAAUAAGUUGUAAUGGCUGUGAAAUAACAGUAGAAUGGGGUAGAAUUGUGAAAAAAUGUGUAAUUAUGUAUACUUUAGAGUGGUAGCAGAUAAAAUGACAAUAUAAAAAUCCAUAUCUGCAGUUUGAAAUCUCAAGAAAUAGUAUUGCUAAAUGUGCCUCAAACGUGAAUCAAAUAUGUUUCUGUUAUUAACACUAUUUUUUCCUACCGAUCUUGAGACAAGAGGGUUCUGAAUUGUGAUAAAUCCUUACUUUUGUCAGUAAUCAUAAGUAGCAUGCAAUAUUUAGUAUAAGGCCAAGGAAAUGUCAUGACUUUCUGAUUAUUACCCCUAACAUAGUCAUCAUGUAUUACUUGUAACUCUGCAUUUUAGGAACAAUGUCAGCAAUUGGGUACCCAUAUAUUCAUGGCAGUUCCUUCACUCAGGCUAAUAAACUCAACACUGGAGAAACAUGAUUAUGGCAAUUAUUUUACUCAGGUAUGUUUUCUCAAGAGAUUUGCCCUGUGUGUCAUUAAGUGUGUACAUUUGUUUUGUUAGUACUAAUCCUGCAUUAGUAAAUGUAACAACAAAUAUAACAACCUGCUCAAUAGCAUGAUUGUCCAUGUUUGGAACACAAUGCGUAGACAGUUCUACAUGAUAGGGACUUGACAAGUUGUUUACAUGUUUCUGGAAGUAUGUUGCACCAGAUGUUUUAUUAAAUAUUGUUUCCUGUA